GUCGUUGUCUCUGUGGCCGGUAGUCUUCUGUGAAUUUUUUUUCCCACCCUAUGAACUUGCCCGUCUAUUUUUUUGAAUCCCUAUAAACUUUUAGUCUCCUGAAAACUUCUAGCAUGGGGUUGGAUUUCCCAGUUUUGCCAUGUGCUCUGUUUCUCUUCGCUCUACCACCCGCUAGUUUCGUCUGAUACUCCUUUGCCUUGGUAUUGAAAGAAACAGCAGAUAAUUGUUGCCUGUACACAUUCUCUAAGCCAAUCAGGAUUUUGUGCAGCUCUUUCAUAUCCACUGACUUCCGUGCUGAAGAGCCCUAACUUACAUAGUUGUUCCUGAGAUGGAAUUUGUUGUAUGUCUUUCAGUUUGCCCUCUCUUCACCCCUCAAAUGUGUAAAACUUGAGUGCCAGGGCCAGGCAUAAGGUAUCCAAAACCAAAAACAUUAAGGGAAACGCUUGUCUUAUUUUUUAUUACGAGAAUUCAGACUUUUGAUUGCAGCAGUAGAGAAGCUGACAAGUAGUUCUGAGGAUGUAAAUGGUGUUUGGAAUAGUCCUUCAUAUUCCUAGGUGCUGGGUCAGGGAGUGGGCUUAUAAGUAAUCUGCAGACACUGUAUGUUUAAAAAAUUAUGUUUUAAGAGGAAAGCUUUUACACCACUUAGUGCUGGAACACUGGGCAUAUGCUCUUGGAUACACACAUUUGUUUAGGAGAAUAAAAAUGUAGCAUUUCUUUUUCUUACCUAUUCAGCUAUCCUCACACAGGUAUAAAACAUCCCUAAACAUCAGCAUUACACGUGCAGCUCAAUGUCUUCAAUGUAGGAAGUAUAGCCAUGUAUUCUCAUGUUUUGGAUAUGUUCAAUUCGCAAUAUGUCACUAAACCAGUUGCCUGUGGGAAAAAUUAAUAUCUCUUUCCUCCCUCAUUUUAGAGAGACUUUUAUCACAUAUAAAAGAUGAUUGACUCGGUCAAAGUAAGAAGACAGUGCAUGCUGGAUUUCUACUCUCAUUAUGAACAUCUGUGUGCUGUUCAAGGCUCUGUCCCACUGAAAGCUGUGAAAGCCAAUCUGAAUGAGGGUGCUCUUGAUAUAACUGUAGAUCGCAUCAAAGCUGCUGACUGGGCACCGCUUCUAAAUGCUAUCAGGCAUAAUAAGACCCUGACUUCUAUUGCAAUAAGAAGUUUUCAUCAACAGGGUCUUGGAGAAUCAGGUGUUGAAAGAUAUAAAACUUACUUCAGAAGGAGAAUUCCAGCAAUUAGAUCAAAAGACUUGACUGGUCAACUAUGCAAAGCUGUCAAAGGCUGUCUGAGCAUAUCAGAUGUACUAAAAAGCUUGGAACUGCAGGGAUUACUUCUGAGAGAAAGAGAUCUAAUACUUCUAACAAAGGGGUUGGCCAAAACUUCAUCUCUGGAGAGUGUCUCCCUAGCCCACUGUCCGAUUGGAGAUGGAGGAUUAGAAACAAUCUGUCAGAGUGUGAAGAACUCAGCUAGUAUCAGAUGCAUAAAUUUCACAGGAUGUAGCCUUACUUGGCGAGGGGCAGAACAUAUGGCAAAUGUUUUAAAGCACCAGGCAAUGAAAAGACAUAAUGAAGCUUGGGCUGAAAGCCUACGUUAUAGGAGACCUGACCUGGACUGUAUGACAGGCUUGAGGCGCAUUACUUUCAACUGCAACAUGCUCGUUGGAGAUAGAGGAGCCAGUGCCUUUGCAGAAUGCCUAGGAGAGGACCUGUGGCUGAAAGCACUUGAUUUGCAGCAGUGUGGAAUAUCCAAUGAAGGAGCAAAGUCAUUAUUUGAUGCUCUACAAGCUAAUAGAACAUUAGUGGUACUUGACAUAAGAAAAAAUCCCUUAAUUGAUCACAUUUUGAUGAAAAGCAUUAUUGAAAGAGUUCUUAUGAAUGGAAAUAGUGCCAAUUCAGAGUUCCAGUAUAAGUGGCUGACAUCUCCAUCUUCAAAGGAUGCUUUGAAAACUAGACCAAAGAAAAGAACUAUUGUCCUAGGAAGUGGUCGAAAAGGAAAAGCUACUAUUCGUAUUGGAUUAACAUCUAAAAAGUCUGUGAGUCCUGGGAAAAAAAAUCCAUCUGUGAAAGACAGUUAUUCACCAAAACCACUACCACCAGGCACAAAAGGCUUCCUUCCUUGGCGCACUGCGGAACGUGCAAAGAGAUGCAGGGGGGCUCCAGUGGAUAGUACUCAAGAGUUACCAGUGAAGAUUCAGACAGAAAUUCCUGUGAAAGUGACAGUAGAAAGUGCUGCUACUUCUGAAACUGAAGAGACAGAAGAAUCGGACGAUAUUAUCCAUCAUCCUGACUUGACAAAAUCGUUAGAUAAAAUUAAUGUAACAAAGUAUCAGCAAUUCCAGUUGGAACUAGAAGAAUGCCUACUAAAAUUAAAGGAAGAAAGAAGAGCCAGAGUAAAGGCUGAGGAACGGAUAAUGGAGUUGGAAAUUGAAAAUGCAAGGUUGAGGAACCUAAACAUCUCCCUAUCUGAGGUUCUUCAUGCACAGUCGGUAACCAACAUGAUUUUGGAAGAUGAAGGUGUUCUAGGCAGCAUUGAGAACUCUUUCCAAAAGUUUCAUGCUUUUUUAGACCUCCUUAAAGAUGCUGGACUUGGGCAACUUGCUGCAUUAGUUGGGAUAGACCAGUCAGAUUUUGGUCCAUUGGGGCAUCCACAAAUGAAUUCUACUCUUACUAAACCUGCUAAGAUGCUAAAGGAGAAAUCAUUUGAAGAAGAAAGACAAGAACAUACGCAGAACAGGAAAAAUGGAGGUAGAGACAUCCAGGUUUCUCUUCCUGGCACACUUCAGUCCCAGAUGGUUGUGAAUAAUGCCUUCUCAGCUCCCAGAGAAAUGCAAGAAUUUCAGGUUGUUGUACAAGAGCAGCCAGGCUCAUGGAAAGAAAAUGAAUCUCAAACAAUUAGCCAAAAUAAGGAGGAUAACCUCCAAAAUAGCACUCCAACAUUCUCUGAGAGGAGAGUCAAACAAAAUGAACAUGCAAAAGGACAUCACUCAGCUAGACAAUCGGUUACUAGUCUGCAUUCAUUUUCUGCUUCCAGUGCGAAUAUUAAAAGUAAUGGUAGCAAAAAAUCCAGCUGCACUUCUGGUGAAAAAAGCAAAAGUUCUUCAAAGAAAUGCAUGCAUAGAGCAAAUGAAACUGCAAUUGUAAGUACUGUGGCAAGAGGAGACCAAAGCAGACUGCAGACAGCAGACCUCUCUGGAACUGAUACUGUAGGAUCUGGUUCUGAAAUACAAGAGAGUAUUCAUUCUAUGACCAGCACUUGAAAUGGUUCUGAAAUGUUUGGCCUGUUCUUUAUACUUGCAAAAUUAAAAAUAAAUUUUGGAUGCCUUAGUAUAGCUCAUGAAUUCUUGUGAAGAAAUGUAGACUUUGAAAAUAUCUCAAGCAUUCUUUCAUUCUGUUUAGUGUUCCUGUUUCAUGUUUGUAUCACUUGUCACUGGAUUUUUCGAAACAGAAAUGAAUGAUGUACUGGUAGAAUGGUACCCUUCAGUUUGUACUAUAUAUAAAGGAUUCCAGGGCUAUGAAUUUUACUGUGUAUCACAGAUCUCAUUAUAAACCGUUUUUAGCUAAUAAAAUUAAUUUGAAUACAAACUAUGAUUUGUAUUUCCAGUGUGUUGCAGUAGAAGUGAAACAAUGGUUUUAAGGCAAAUAUCCAUUGGUGCCUAUUAGUGUGUGUAUGUAGUUCCCAAUGGUAGUGGAAGCUACAGAUAUAACAAUGAGUCCACAAACAUCUCUCAAAGAUGUAUCUAAAUACAGUCCUUAUUCCUUAUUGUUAUAACUGCUAAUGAUAGCACAAUAAAGAUUGGAAAGGACCUCUAGAGCUCAUCUAGUCCAACUCCUCGCUCAAAGCAGGUCUAAUUCAAUCAGGUUGCUCUCAGGGCCUAGAGAAAUGUGAGAACAUAAAACCAAAAGAAUGGCAUUAUACUGAAACUCCUGGGGUUUGCCCUGGCUCCUUCCUCUGCUUUUGCACAGGCAGCUGACUUGCAGCUUCUGAACUGUGGUAUAAAGCAGCAUAGAUCUUAAUUUGCCAAAUGUGUCACAGGAAAGCAGAUUGUUUUGCACCAGGAAUAAUAACAAGGUGCACUUGAAUGUGACCUUGGGUGGGUGGUUUGGGGGGGCGGGGGGAAGCGGCAUCUUUCUUUGUAUGUUUGUACCCUUGCCUGACUACUCUGAGAAGGCAAUCUGUCCAGAGCUUAACAUAAUUAUUAUAGCAAUCAUUGAAUUAGUGAUUAGAGUUAGUAAAUGAGACUAAUGAAUAAUGGUUUUGUGCAUACAGAGAAAUGGGAGUUCUGUUGUAAACGAAAGUUGCUAGGUCUGAGUUUGGGGGAGUAGAAUCGCUUAAAAAGAAAUUAUAAAAAUGUAAAAUGAUCUUGUUCACAGGUGGUGAUGAAAAGUUGCUGUUUUGAAUGAAAAUCGAUUCAAACUUAAAUACUUUGGUUUAGUGAAACUAUUUUCACAAUAUUAGCCGAGAUUUUGAAUGAUUAUAAUAAAGUUUAAUUUUUGUGACAUGGAA